AGGAGAGCGUCUGUCUCCGCACAGCCUCUCUGCUGCUCAUUCACUCGGCUCCUCUAGUUCGUGUUUGGCUUGGGUUCAGUGAGGACGGAGAGUGGAGGCUUCACGCUCACAUUCGGCCGUCUCACCACCCGGUCCAGUCCGCUCAGUUCGCCGGAGACAUGGAGGGAGUCAGCAGCAACAGGAGCAUGUCUUACAGUAGGUGGAGCUAUGACAGCACUUUAGAUGAUGAGGGCACCAACCUCCGACAGCAGAAACUGGACAGACAGCGGGUGCUCAUUGAACAGAAGCAGAAGAAGAAGAGGCAGGAGCCUCUGAUGGUCCAGUCUAACGUGGACGGGAGAUCUCGCACUCGUCGGACCAAACAGAGUGAGGAACAGGCUCCGCUGGUGGAAUCCUACCUCAGCAGCAACAGCAGCACCAUCUACCAUGAACUUGACACCUCUUUCUUUCUUCUUCUUUCACUUUCUUGUUUCAUUUUCUUUCUCUGUGAAGGUAUUUCCAGCAGUAUGAAUUUCGAUGAAGAAGAGGACGAUGAAGAUGAAAUCAGCUCCAGUUCCUCACAGCUCAACAGCAACACGAGGCCAGGCUCAGCCACCAGCAAGAAGUCAUGCAAGGAGGUGGCCUCGGCACCCACUCCACCAGUCAAUGAACCUGCUGUCGAUGUAGAUGACCUUGAAGAGUUUUCUCUGCGACCUGCGCCCCAGGGGAUCAGAGUGAAGUGCAGAAUUACCAGAGACAAGAAAGGCAUGGACCGAGGCAUGUAUCCCACCUACUACCUUCAUCUAGAGAGAGAAGACGGCAAGAAGGUGUUCCUGUUAGCAGGCAGGAAGAGGAAAAAGAGUAAAACAUCAAAUUACCUCAUCUCCAUCGAUCCCACCGAUCUGUCUCGAGGUGGAGAGAGCUUCAUUGGUAAACUGAGGUCUAACCUCAUGGGAACUAAGUUCACCGUAUACGACAGCGGCCUGAACCCCAUGAAGAGCACCACCAGCCUUGAAGCUAGCAACCUGCGUCAAGAGCUAGCAGCCAUUUGCUAUGAAACCAAUGUCUUAGGAUUCAAAGGACCUCGCAAAAUGAGUGUCAUCAUUCCUGGAAUGAACAUGGACCACGAGAGAGUGUCAAUUCGCCCACGAAAUGACCAUGAGUCACUGCUGGCCAGGUGGCAGAACAAGAACACAGAGAGCGUGAUCGAACUUCACAACAAGACGCCCGUGUGGAACGAUGACACACAAUCCUACGUGCUCAACUUCCACGGCAGAGUCACUCAGGCCUCGGUCAAGAAUUUCCAAAUCAUUCACGACAAUGACCCUGACUACAUUGUGAUGCAGUUUGGCCGUGUGGCAGAGGACGUCUUCACCAUGGACUAUAACUACCCAAUGUGUGCCCUGCAAGCCUUUGCCAUUGCCCUCUCCAGCUUUGACAGCAAGUUAGCCUGUGAAUAGAUCCCAGCCUGAAGUUCAGUGGAGAACUGGUCCAUCUGUCCUCUCAACAAGGGCUGUUACUGUAUCCUUGGGGGCUGGUUUGAGAUCUCCAAAUCACCCAGUACCUUGGAAGUCUUGCAUAUCCCAGAAUGCUUUAUGGGGCCUCAAGUCUUGUGUGUUUGUGUGUGUG